CGCAGUCGCUGGAUCGUGCUAGACUGGAACGGUUGCUACUGUCCCGUUGCCCGCCACAGCACGCACGCACGCACGUACGUGUGUUGGUUUCCUUUCGCGCUGCUGCUGCUGCUGCUGCUGCUGUUGCGAACGAUUUCGGUGGACAAAAUCUCCCCAAAACCGGGGCACAGUGUGUGGUGGAGCCAGGCAUGGAAACCUGACGCCAAGAAGUGCCUCAGGAAACUUUCGCAAAACCACCAAACCGGCUGCCCCAGCCCGUCAGCCAGGCAGCUGCGCCUUUCGCACACAAGCACCAGCGAGUGCCCAAAACCAGUUCCGCAGCUCUCGUGUGUGCUCGCUGUUUCAUUGCACUCCCGCCAUUGUUAUUGGUAGGUGGCGGGCGAUUGGCACACACCGCACCGCAGUGACCAUAGUGGCCUUUCGUUUCGUUCGUCCGCAGUCGAUACCGAGUGGUCGCGCGACCAGUGCCUGUUGCUUCGUUUGCCUCGGUUUUCGGUGUCCGGUUGAUGAGCGAUCGGAAUCCUGGUUGCCAGACGGACGGUUCCUUCAGGCAGGAUAAGACGACAGUCCACAGCAGGAGCGGUAGUGUGAAAGUGAGGUCCUGUCCGGUGUUAUCAAUCGAGUAUCACUUGAAGGCGCCAUUAGUUCAGUUCGUUGGCCAGCAUGGACACUAAAGCGGGCAUUACGGAGGGCGAUGGCAUCGAGGCGCCACUGUGGAUGUUUUGGAAGCGUCGGCGUUACAUUGUCGUGUUUAUGGCUUUUCUUGGAUUCUUCAACGUCUACUCGCUGCGCGUGAACCUGAGCGUGGCCAUCGUGGCGAUGACGGAGAACAGGACGGUCCACUACGACAAUGGCACGAUAGGAUACGAGCAAUACUUUGAUUGGAGCUCGAGCCUGCAGGGUUACGUGCUGAGUUCGUUCUUCUACGGUUACAUCUGCACCCCAUUUCUCGGAGGCUUCAUUUCGAACCGUUUUGGAGGCAAUUACGUGUUUGGCGUUGGAAUCGGAACGACGGCCAUCCUGACGCUGUUGACACCGUUGGCGGCAAAGGCGGGUGUAGCGGUCCUGUUGGCCGUCCGGAUCGUUGAAGGUAUCUUCGAGGGUGUAACCUUCCCGUGUAUCCAUGCCGUUUGGUCCCGGUGGGCACCACCGAUCGAACGUUCCCGGAUGGCGUCGAUAGCGUUCGCCGGUAACUAUGCCGGCACGGUGGUGGCCAUGCCGAUGAGCGGUGUCCUGGCGAAUGCUUGGGGUUGGGAGAGUGUGUUCUACGUGUUCGGUGUGAUCGGAUGUGUAUGGUUCGUGGCCUGGAUGUACUUCGUCAAAACAUCCCCCGAGGCCGAUAAGUGGAUUGAACCGCGGGAAAAGGAGUACAUUCUGGAGUCACUAGGACGUACCGAGGGUGAAACGCAGAAGGUGCGCCAUCCGUGGAAGGGUAUCCUGACGUCGAUCCCGGUUUGGGCGCUCGUUGUGUCACACUUUUCGGAGAACUGGGGCUUUUACACGUUGCUCACUCAACUGCCAACGUUCCUGAAAGAUGCCAUGCACUUUGAGUUGGAAAAGACGGGCUUCAUCUCGGCCGUACCGUACCUGGUGAUGGGCAUACUGCUGUUCGUGUCCGGCAUUCUCGCGGAUUGGUGUCAGGAGAAGGGUUUUCUGACGACGACACAGGUCCGCCGGUACUUCAACUGUGGCGCCUUCCUGGCACAGACCGUGUUCAUGAUUGUAGGUGCGUUUAUCCUGGAACCGGGACCAACCAUCACCUGUAUUACGAUCGCCGUUGGGUUCGGUGCGUUCGCGUGGUCCGGUUUCGCCGUUAAUCAUCUGGAUCUUUCGCCCAAGAGUGCGGGUGUGUUGAUGGGCAUCUCAAACACUUUCGCUACCAUUCCCGGUAUCGUGAGUCCCAUCAUUACGGGUUACAUUACGUCCAACAAGGAGGAAGACGAGUGGAAGACCGUGUUCUAUAUUGCGGCCGGUAUUUAUCUGGUCGGUUGUGUGGUGUACUGGUUCUUUGCUUCCGGCGAACUGCAACCUUGGUCGAUUGAGGCUCAGGAGCGACGGGAGCUUGAGAAGCAGACGGCAGCGGAGAGCAAGCAGCAACUACCGGCGAUCGAGCAUUUAACGUACUCGAACAAAGUAAGCGUUGAGGAUGAGAUGUAAGGUGCUGCUUUAGCUACCUGUAUGUAUGUGUGCUUGUUUGUGUGAUCUUAAAGAUCAUCCUUAAUGUUUGUGAUUGAAGUGUAAGCUAGUUUAUUUUAGGUUUAGCAAAGUGUAUACAUUUUGUUACGAAUAAAAUUCAUGUUAUUUACCAUCUCCAUUCCACAAGA